ACACAGCUUGAUGUAGGCUGAUGUUAACAAGGAGACUAUUGGUUAUCUCUGAUCCCCUGAAACCCGGCGGCAUAAUUAAUCUGUAACCUGCACUUCGGAAGUUUUUUUCCUUUCUGUAAGACCCGAGGAGCUGAUAAUAAGGAAAAGAAGGAGGGAUAAUGGUGACGGAGAGAAGUACCCUAUGGAAAGGGGUCAUUUUGGUUCUUUUUUUUUAGAUUAGUCUAACUUUGGACUUGGACGCAUUUGAUUCAAACCUGAUGCUUUGAAAGAACUGGUUGUGAAAGGAAGCACGCUUUUCACUUUGCUUCAGCACUGUGUGUGUGUGUGAUCGGUGUGUCUGUGUGUGUUUUUUGCCUCCUUUUGUGUCCCGCACUUCUCCGAGCGCGCGCGAGACAUUUUCCCCGGACAUUUUCCCCUUACCUCCUCGAGGUGACCAAAACCCGGGAUUAGUGAAAAACUUUAUACCUUUCAAUCUAUUCACGUCAUUAAUUCUUGCUGUAACACUCCAUCUUUUAGUCUUCCUCUUGGAUUGUAAAUAAAGAAGGCAGCGCAAAGAAAUACAAACUGGUUGCGGUGCAGCUGCGCCUUUUCCGAGGGGGAAAACAUGGAUGUACGAUUUUAUCCGUCCUCAGGGGGGACUUCCAUUCCCGGAGAUCCACAGAACAUGGAUUUCUCCCACUGCUCUGGCUACUACAGCUACAACAAGUUUGGAAACAACAAUAACUACAUGAACAUGGCUGAUGCAAACGGGUCUCUGCUUACUGGGGGAGAUACAUUUCACACUCCAAGUCUUGGAGAUGAAGAGUUUGAGAUCCCUCCCAUCACUCCUCCUCCGGAGACUGAAUCCGGCUUGGGACUCCAUGAUGGGGGUUCAGCCUACCCCGGUCUUCCACAUCCCAAUGCUCAACGAGCUCAUUUCACUCCACAGUUUCCACCCCAGAGCCUGGAUCUGCCCUCUAUAACCAUCUCCAGGAACCUGAUGGAACAGGAUGGAGUGGGCAUCAAUAAUGGCCUCCCUGUGGGUAUCUCACAGUCUCAGCUGCGUCAAUACGGACCAAACCCCACCAUGGUCAUGCGUUCCAUCAUCAACAUGAACAACCCCAAUGCGAUGAUGUCUCGCAAUCAGUUAACCACCAUUAACCAAUCUCAGCUGAGUGCCCAGCUUGGCCUCAACAUGACUGGACAGAACAUCACUCACACUUCCCCAUCUCCUCCAGCCAGCAAGUCGGCUACACCAUCUCCCUCCAGUUCCAUUAAUGAAGACGAUCAGGAUGAGGGGAGUAAGAUUGGUGAAAAGCGUCCUGCCCCAGAUGCUGGAAAAAAGCCCAAGACACCUAAGAAAAAGAAGAAGAAAGACCCAAAUGAGCCACAGAAGCCCGUCUCAGCAUACGCGCUAUUCUUCAGAGACACUCAGGCGGCCAUUAAGGGUCAGAACCCUAACGCUACCUUCGGGGAAGUUUCCAAGAUUGUGGCCUCCAUGUGGGAUGGUCUAGGAGAAGAACAGAAACAGGUUUACAAAAGCAAAACCGAGGCGGCCAAGAAAGAGUAUCUAAAAGCUCUUGCUGCUUAUCGUGCUAGUCUGGUGUCAAAGGCUGCAGCAGAGUCUGCUGAGGCUCAGACUAUCCGAUCAGUUCAGCAGACGCUGGCCUCCACCAGCCUCUCCACUGGCCUGGCAAUGCCCUCUCCACUAUCCUCCCCUCUCUCCCAGCAUCCCUCUAUGCCCUCAGCAUCACAGGCCCUGCAACAAGCCCUUCCUCGAGCCAUUGCCCCCAAACCGCUUCAGAUGCGCGUUGGAAACAGCCAUGUGGUCACCUCGGUCACCGUGGCACACCAAAACAUGGCACCUGGCAUGCAAUCGCAAAUGUUAGGCCAGAUGUCCUCACCUCAGAUGAGCCCACCCAUGCAUGCUGCCAUGCAGCAGCAGCACUUGCAGCACCACCAGAUGCAGCAGCAGCAGAUGCACCACCAGCAGAUUCAGCAGCAGAUGCAGCACCAGCAUUUCCAACAUCAUCUGCAGCAGCAGCUUCAGCAGCAUCACAUGCAGCAGCAACAACAGCAGCAGCAGCAGCAGCAGCAGCAGCAACAGCAGCAAAUGCAACAGCAUCAGCAUCAGCACAUGCAAAUGCAACACAUGCAGAUGCAACAGAUGCACCAGAUGCAUCAGCAGCAGUCACAUUCGCCUGUUCAGCACUCACCCGGAACCCCACAUUCGGCAUCGAUCGGAAGUCCACAACCACCACCUCCACCGCCUCAGAUCCAAGUCCUCUCACAAGUCAGCAUUUACUAGUAACAAAAAAUACCUGCAUUCUCAACUUGGCGAGAGAAGACAUAAAAAAAGCAUAAUUUCAAAGUUGCUUUUUUUUUCGAAGUUGCACUUAAGAAGUGUGUAAGAUUAACAUAUGAAUGUUACAAAGAACUGUCCUUUGUUCUAGAUGGAUAUGCGGACUUGUGUAAAAAGAAAGAAAGAAAUAGAGCCGAAGGCUUUUGCCCCACUUUUGUCUAUAAAAUAGGCAGAGCUAUGAAGGGACAGAGUGCCUGAUUGUUGUUUUUUUUGUGUGUGCUUUUUCUUUUUUUUUUCACCUCUAUCUUUGAGGAAGUUUCUGGGCACAUCGAUGGCAGAGGGACAGUUGGGUCAGGUGAAUUUUUUAUAGCAAAGCAUCAUUUACGAGGCCAAUAAUGGCUACUACGAAAGCCCUACGUAAAAAGAUUCUGAUAGCUUUUGACUUGACAACAUGGAGGACAGCAGAAACAAAAUGGUAGUAUUGUUGAAUUGUACACAAGACGGGAAUCUGAACGUACAAGCGCAGCUGAAAACUCACUUGCAGAGAAGAUCAACUGCUCUCUGGAAAGUAUAUCAAUAAACAUCAAUAAAACUUUUGUUCUUUUUCUCCUUACUACAUUUCUGUAAAAGAACCUUGAGGAAGGAUCUACAGAAUUUUUCCCUUUCCACAUCUCUGGAGAGAGUGAAACAACAAGAACUUACUUUUAUUAGUGGAGAGAACAUAACAUACUGCCAGUGAGCAGGUUUCUGUCAACAAGACUCAAAAACUGAAAACUCUUGAUACUGCUGCACAUGAGCUAAGGAAAAUUUUUCGUUGAGAGGAAGAAAAUAAACAAACAAAAAACUCUGGCUCAGAUGUGUGUAUAAAUAGCACUCCAAAAAAUCUAUGUAUUUGUCUUUACCUCAAAAAUUUAAAUUAAGUUUCUGUUAAGUUUGUAUUCAUUUUGUGUAAAAAAAAAAAAAAAAGUGCAUAUUUUAAGGAUAUUUUAAGGAAAAAAUUGCAAAAAAAAAAAAAUCAAGGACUAACGCCAGUGUUUUAAUGAUUCAUGUAUUUUUACACUGUUCCUUGAUGGCAAUUUAAGUGAAGAGUGGAAUGGAGACUCCUGGCAGAAGCUAACAAAGUUGGAAGUAUUUUAUGCCAGCUGUAAAAA